GAUAGGAGGCGGGGGGUGCGUAUGCGAGCCACUGGGUGGGAAAUUGGCCGCCGGACUGUCUGGGGUGGAAUCAGAACAGAGGGAACUCGAAAGAGCGUGCUGGUCUUUUGCAGUUCUCUUCUUCGAAGGUGUUAACUGAUUCGUGUUCAUCCACUCAGAGUCUCUCUUCGAUCAAUCAUGGCGACAGGCGCGGCUCCAGAAGUGCUGAAGCAGCUCAGCGAUGCUGGACUCAAUGGACCGCAGAUUCUUUACAACCUGAGCCCUCCUGAGCUGUACGAGCAGGGGCUGAAACACGAGAAGGGCUCCUUCAUUACUUCGACGGGAGCCAUCGCCACGCUUUCGGGAGCGAAGACCGGACGUUCACCCAAGGAUAAGCGCGUCGUCAAGGAUGAGACCACCGCAGAGGAGCUCUGGUGGGGAGAAGGCUCGCCGAACAUCGAGAUUGACGAUGCCACUUACCUGGUAAACCGGGAGCGAACCCUGAAUUAUCUCAACUCCUUGGAGAAGGUGUUUGUGAACGACCAGUUCCUUAACUGGGACAAGCAGAACCGCAUCAAGGUGCGCAUCGUCGCGGAGAGGGCGUACCACUCCCUCUUCAUGCGGAACAUGUGCAUUCGGCCGGAGCCGAGCGAGCUGGAGGGUUUCGUCCCCGAUUUCACCAUCUUCAAUGCCGGCAAGUUCCCUGCCAACAAGCUGACCAAGUUCAUGACCUCCUCGACGAGUGUGAACAUCAACCUGAAGCGUGCUGAGAUGGUCAUCCUUGGCACGCAGUACGCCGGGGAGAUGAAGAAGGGGCUGUUCGGACUGAUGCACUACCUGAUGCCCAAGCGGGGAAUCCUGUCCCUCCACUCGGGAUGCAACACCUCGCCCGAUGGUCAAGUCUCUGUCUUCUUCGGACUCUCCGGAACCGGCAAGACAACGCUGUCGGCCGAUCCCCGUCGUCCUCUCAUCGGCGACGACGAGCACUGCUGGAGCGAUAACGGCAUUUCCAACAUCGAGGGAGGCUGCUACGCCAAGUGCAUCGACCUUUCGCCAGAAAAGGAGCCGGACAUCUUCCACGCCAUCCGCUUCGGAACGGUGCUGGAGAACGUCGUGUACGAUGAGAAGACCAGAGUGGUCGACUAUACCGACAAGUCGAUCACAGAGAACACGAGGGCGUCCUACCCGAUCGAACACAUUGGCAACGCCAGGAUCCCAUGCGUUGGGCCGCAUCCGAAGAACGUCAUUCUUUUGACUUGCGACGCCUUUGGUGUGCUUCCACCAGUCAGUAAGCUCACGGAUGCCCAAGCCAUGUACCAUUUCAUCAGCGGCUACACUGCGCUGGUUGCGGGAACUGAGGUGGGGAUCAAGGAGCCCAAGGCCACGUUCUCGGCUUGCUUCGGCGCCGCGUUCAUCAUGUAUCAUCCGACCAAGUAUGCGGCCAUGUUGGCCGAGAAGAUGAAGCAGUACGGGGCUACCGCAUGGCUCGUCAACACCGGAUGGGUCGGAGGAAGCUAUGGCGUUGGCUCCCGAAUGAAGCUCUCACAGACGAGGAAGAUCAUUGACGCUAUCCAUGACGGUUCGCUCGAGAUUGCAAACUACUCCACCACGCCCAUCUUCAACCUCCAAGUCCCGGACAAAGUCAGCGGUGUUCCGGACGAGGUUCUGCGGCCAAGGGAAAUGUGGGCGGACAAGGCUGCGUACGAUGAGACCCUGAAGAAGUUGGCAGGGCUGUUCACGAACAACUUCAAGAAAUUCACCGCCCACAGCGUCGGCGGUGACGAUGACCUCACCAAGCGUAUCCUUGCUGCCGGCCCUCAGCUGUAGUUUCAGGUGUCAGACCCCCAUCACCUUCUUGUGGCUCCUCUUCCUUCCAUCUUCGUCAUUGCUGCCGCCCCUCAGCUGUAGUUCAGGUUUCAGACCCCCAACAGCCUUCUUUUGGCGCCUCUUCCUUCCAUCGCCAUUCAUUAUAUUCUUUGAGCUCUGUCACAAUAACUGUUGUUGGAAUCCAACACAUUCGUUCCCAUUUCGGCACAGCCUACUAGUUCUCAACUUGAAGUCGUCUAGGAUUUCUCCAUGAUUAUUUCGUUUGUCUGCCUGUCUACUAUAGAGUACCUAUCAUAGCGAUGAGGUGGUUAAGUUAUGGUUAAGUUAGUCAAAGUGAGACCUCCGCGGCGUGGACACCGGGCUUUUUCUUUUUGUUCCCCUGUUUUCUCCAGCUUAAGGCAGGCGCUCAGAGUGCUUGGACUGUGGAAUCAGUGUGGAGCAAUUCCCUGUUUCUUUCGCACAUGACUUUGUACGGGGUGAUUUUUCCUUUUGACUUUUCGGGAAGGAAGGAAGGUGCGAAUUCGCUGCAGUGGUAGGGAUUUUCUUCUCUAUGAAGUAGGAAAGGAAAAGCAAAAUCUUUUUGAAAGGGUUCAGAUUAGACUUCAGAUCACGGACAGGAGAAAUGGCUUGGCUGGGUCGGUGGGGUGUUCUUUUUUUCUCCUUUGUCAUUUCGGGAAAGAAGGUGUGACAUCGCUGAAGCGGCUGAAGUAGCAGGCAGAUUCUUCUCGAUGAGGUGGGGUAGAAAUGAAAAGCACCAUCUUUUUCGAAGUUUCAGAUUAGACUAAGUCUUCUUAUCAGGAGAGAACCUUUGGGAUACAUGAACUAUGUCGUUGACAUUCUUUUUUCUCCUGGACUAUAAAAACGAUUUGUGUGGCCCAAAAAUUUCGGAGAGAAUUUUUCAGGAAUGCUGCUGAAGUAUGAUGGUGCCUUUUUAUGCCAUUUAUGGUUGAAUACUGUGACAAUCCAGUUGGCUUGGCUCUCGUAGGCGUUCGGCGAUUCUCCACGAGUC